GACGACACCGCCGUCCGCUCUGCGAGGCGCGAAGCCUACGAACAAGGCUACGAAGAUGCGCAGCAUGACCGUGUGACGCUCGCCACCACGGUCCAACAACUCCAAGCUCGCAUCGCGGAGCUCGAGGCCCAACUCGCCACCCGUACAAAUGCCGGUGGACGCAUGUCUGGAGGGGGAGGAUUUGGACCUAUUCGGAAUAGUAACCCAUCGCUUAGAAUCAACACGCUAUGACGAUCCGCCCGAGAAGUGGGCAUCGUAUUUCUCGCGCUACCCCCAAGCACGACUGCCCCGCGGUCUCGUUCGCGACGAGCAGGGGCAAGUUUCGCUCGAACGCGCAAGACUGCACAUGUUGAUGGUCGGGAUCGCCUCACCGCUCACUUCCACUCGUAAGCGCUACAAGCCAGUGAUCUUCGAUGCACUCGCUGCGCUGUUUUCCGAGCCCCACGUCUACGUCGCGCACCUUCAAGCUGCGCAUGUCGUCCCCGCACCCGAGGUCAACAUCACUCCGCUUCCUGAGACGCAGGUCGUGGGUGGACAUGUCGCCACGAUCGACGUGACGACGCAUGCCAUCGCUACGCAUGCUGCGCACUGCGGCAUCACCCCGGAGUUCGUCACCCAGCACCUCAGCCACUGGGCCCGCGAUUACUUGGCGACUGGACCACGAACGGCAGAAUUGGAUCUGACCGUGAAUGGAGCCCCGCCGACCGCUGGGAACCCUCAAGGCGAACAGGUCGCGCACGAAGGACAACCCGCAACUGGCCACGGUGAGCAGUCCAUUCCGAACGUCGCGGCUGACGCAGAGGAUAUGGUGGUCGAGCCGCUUGGUCAGGACUCGGCGUAAUGCCGAGGGAUGGUUCGUUCCCUAGUCUAGACUACUUCCUUUGACAUUUUAUGUGCUUGCCGCAGUCGCAUUUAGUUGUAUCCCUUGCUCGUCCCGCCUCACGCCGACGAGUCUAAUACUUAGAUUAGUGGUCUAAUCACUAUCUACUAUGGUCAUGUAUAUGAUUUCCUCGUCGACUCUAGAACGCGACGGGUAUUUAAACCUAUGCAUCAUUAUGCUUAGAUGCUAUGACCCAUGUGCAUUGCCCCAUAUCGACGUCUACGAUGUUUUCCUGGAGGGGGAGGAUGUAAGGGCGAUCGUAAUGUAGUGUAGUCAGCACCUUAGUCAGCAUCCCGGAGUUUCCCGAAGGGCUGUUAUAAGCUGACGU